UAGUUACCAUCCGGGUUCACCAGCUAGAAACGUACAUGUUGGAAAGAUGUUGUGUUUAGAUCUCCCGCGAUUUUGAUGUAAACAAUGGUGAAAACACAAAACGCUAGGGUUGCUGUUCCGAUUAUUGAAGACCGACAAUGGAAUGUGCAUACUCGAUCUGAAAAUGAAGAGAAAACGAAAAAAAUACCGGCCCGCAAUGCUAUGGGUGAAUACAUUGUCCCGUCAGGAGGAAAAGCGCUGACAUCGCUAGGCAACCCUGCUCCUGGACCAGCCAACUACUGUCCCCACAUAGGAUUAACGCGGCAGUCGGCCCCACAGUAUUCCAUCGUAGGCAAGCACCGCUCAAAUAAUGUAGCAGGAAAAGGUCUCCCCGGUCCUUCUGAUUAUACAACUACAGGAGAUCUGAUUUGGAAGAAGAAAAACUCCACACUGAAGAGUCGUGGCCGGAGUUUCUUUGACGAAGCAGCUGCAAAAAGCUGUACAGUAAUAGGACCGGCCAAGUAUAAUGUCGAACACAAACUUGGUAAAGACGGCCCAAAUACAGCAUUGCUCACAAACAGCCUCCUGUGAUAUAUACAGGGCCUCCAAAUAGUAAAGUUCAACCUGCCGAUACGCACGGGUUCCAAACUCCUGGUCCGAACUAUCGUCCCAAUUCUGGCUAUUGGAAACGUGGCCACGAAAAGUCAUUUGGGUCAGCCAGAAACAUCAGCUACUCCGAAAACCCAGGCCCAGGGGACUACUGCAUCAAGGAUCCUCCUUCUGGCACCUCUUACUCCUUCGGAACAAAACUACCACCAUCUCCGUCUGUCAAGAGAGCAACAUUUACUGAGAGUCCAGGCCCUGGAGCUUACAAUCUGGGGACAACCAUCGGUAAAGCAACAUCUGUGACUAUAUCUGGAAAGGCAAAGGAGUUUGACCUUGGAGCAUUUCAGGGCCCAUCACCUGCCACCUACUACCUGAGAAACUCUAUGAGAUUUAGUAAGAAGCCCAUUACUUUAGCUUGUCGCUGGUUUGAUCCUGAUGAGCCAACGACACCUGGCCCAGCAGAUUACUCCCUGUCAAAGAAAAAUCUGAAAACUAACCCAACAUAUACCAAUAGACAGCGUAACAAGCCUUCAUUCCCUGACUCUCUCAACUACACUUCUAAAGAAGAAGGAGAACUUCCAGGGCCAGGAAGCUAUAACUUGUCCAAAAACUUCGUGAAAAAUGACUCUCCUGCAUAUUCUAUGCGACAAAAGAUCAAGAAGCAUGGAAAUGAAAACCCUGCCCCUAAUUCCUACAAGGCAGAACAGAAUGACACAGUCCCUGGAGGCAAAAAGGCACCUUCCUUCUCUAUGGGCAAGCGCUUUGAAGUUCCAGACAGUAAGGCUAGCCCAGGGCCUGCUGCUUAUUCGCCAAGUCUUGCAGACUCGACACCAAAAUACACCAUGACUAGUCGUCCGAGGAGCAACAGACGGGGAGGUAACCCCGCUGCGAAUGCUUACAAGGUGCCAUCAGCCUUCGGACAGACCAGUGCUGCCACAUUUAAAAGUCGAGCGAGUCCCUAUGUGUAUUCAGGAUUUCGCACCACAAAAAUUACAGAGGAAGUACCCUCGGUUUAAACAAUACACAGGAAUGCAGGGGAGACAACUUUAUAAAAGCAAUCAUAAAGAUAUAAAUUAUAUUGAUCGAAAUUGAUAUGUUGGUUACAGGAGUGCAUAUUUUACAGGAAAACGAUUUUUUCACCCUUUUUUUAGAAUUGCAUUAAGACCGAGGGAAUAUUUCAUGCAUUAAAAAGUUUCUAUUUUGACAUGUUAAAAUCAUUUGUUUUUUUUGUUGAUUAAAACCAAUUAUGCAGUCUACAUUUUAUUAAAAAAAGAUUUUUUUACAAAUCAGCACAAUAUAUAAAACUUUGCUUUUAAAACUUGUAUCAAGUAUUAACAUAUUAAAUAUAAAUGUACUGUCUUUGGGUGUUGAAAUGAAAUGUGCUGUCUUACAAACAACAAAAGUUGUGGAUACUACAAGUUUAGCUAGUAUUUUAACAGAAUGAUACUUGAAUACAAGAAAUGGGAAAGUGUAAUUUAAUAUUGAGAGUGUUUGUGUUAAUUACUGUGGGUAUCUAUGGUUAAUGAAAAAAAUGUUUUUAAAAACAUUUCAGUCUUAUAUUGUAUACAUUCAUAUGACAAAUUGUGAUAUUUACUUAUAUACAUGUAAUUUUGUCUUUAAAAUACACAUUGUGUGAAAACAAAUUUUGUACAGAAGCAUACUUAAUUUGUAAAUAUUUAUUCAGGGAUCAUGAUGCAGCAAGUACUGUAAAAAGGUUAUUUUUAAGUGGAUAUGAUAUUUUUGUCAUUUUAAGGAAAAAAUAUCUACAAAAUGUACGUUUAAAAUGAAAUUAAUGUCAUAUAAAUUUUGUCGAUUUUAAAACAUGCCAAAAAAAUAAUUCUUUUCACUUAAAGAUUUUGGUAAAAACAGGAAAAUUCAAACUAUUGAAAAUAUAUCCUUUACAGUCUCCUAUUGAGCUUAAUCAGGUCCUUGCCUUUUAUCAAAUGCUACCGUCCAUUUUGUAUAAUGUGUAGAUAUGGAGAUAUUUCUAUGCAUGUCCUAUACAGAUGUUUAGAAUGUGUUAGUGCAUUAAGCAUGUUGCUUUCUGCUGAUCGAAAAAUCCACGAUAGUUACUAUCAUGGUUAGAAAUGCUUAAUUCGUAGUUUACCUGAAUGUGAUGUUGGAUAUUGAUAUUCGAAGAAAUAGGGCAUGCAAGGCAAUAGGGAUUAAUCUUCUACAUAUACUGGCAUUUAGUUUUGUAUAUUUGUGAGCAUAAAAUUUAUGUAUAAACAAUAUGGUUUAUUUUUGCUUAAUAAAAUAUUGCAUAAUGAUA